AUGAAGCUGACGGGUGCUGAGGCAUACCUCGAUCCCAAGGAGUUGACUCCUCUCGGCAUGCACCGUCUCAAUGAGGUCUGGGAGGACACUGUCGGUCCUGCCAUGGAUAGUUACUUGCUCGAGAAGAAGGUGCAGUGCACGAUUCUACGCCCCCUCCGAAUUGGCAUAGCUGGCCGGCCUUCCCCUUCCACCUUCAUCUUGGUCGGAGUCAACCAUGGCACUCUCUCUGCUGAACUUGGCAUUGAGGUCGCUGUCCAUUGUCGAUCUAUCCUUAUCCAGAACAAUAUCGACGACAUGCACGUCAUAAUCUGUGAAUCGAAGUUCACCCGCUCUGCCAUGAUGUACAAGCCUGCCAUCAGCGCCAACCCCACCGCUGUCAUCCGCGAGCCCUUCUCCACUACUCUUGGUAUCCCCAUCUGCAACGCCAAGACCCCCAAUUUCAAGGGCACUGGUGGCUUUUUCUUCAUCGACACUGCCAAACCCGGCAUCCUCUAUCUCCUCACAGUGAGGCACGUCCUCUUCAACCCCGACAAAGAAGAGAACAUUCUCUACAGGUUUCAUGAAGGCAGCGGUCAGCCCAGUAGGAAGGUCAUGUUGAUGGGCGAGGCUGCCUUCAAGGCCCAUUGCGAGGCUAUCGAGUCCGCGAUCGGUGCCAAAGAGAUCAUCAUCAAGCAGCUCCACAGGCAUUUGGCUAUUGUUGAAAGGAUAGAGGAUGAGGACGAUGCUAACGCAGAGCGGAAGGCAGUCAAGCCGAAGAUGGAGGAAGCGGAGGAGGCGAUCACAGCCUUCAAGAAGUUGCUUGCCGACAUCACCAGGGAUUGGACGGACGAAAAGAAGCAUGUUAUUGGCCAUGUCACCUUGUCUUCCCCCAUCGGUCAGGACCUCAGAAUAUUGGCUGAGAACCCUUAG